UGCGCCAAUCGAAGCCAUCGCCGCCGGUGAACAGCGCGGUGCUAGUAAUCCGGACGUUUUUUUCAAAUGAAAAAAAUCGACAUACAAGAUAAAAGUUUACCGAUUGACGAGUGACGAUCGUAACACUCGGACUGUUUUACUUCACUGCUAUUAUAAUUUUCGUCUUUAUCGCCACAAACCCGCGUCUGUCUCAAAAAUUAUUAUUAAUGUUUUAAUUACCUAGUUAACUUUUUUUUUUGUCGUUUUAUUUUUUCCAAACUAUUCGACGAAACUUUUAUAAAUUUAAAUAAUUUGAUAAUUAAUCAAACCACUUAACUAUAUUGUUGGCCGUCUUUAGUUUUUUUCUUCUCAAACCAACUUGUAUCUUUUCCAUCAGAAUAUAACAUUAUGUGGAACGACGGUUACCAUCAUCUCAGUUGUAACAGAAACGGUAUCUGUUCAUUUUACAGAAGGAGGCAUGUCUACCAAGACUUUCAGUCGAAAAUGAAAUCUGUCGAACAGGGAACGUCGUUACCUAUAAUGCAGAACGGACGUCUAAACGUUUCGACAGACCUGAACCACGUGCGACCCUCCGCCAUGUUGUCCACGUGCGAUGAUCGCCAUCGCGGGGCUACCACCACCCCGGGUGGCCGCGCGCAACAAACCGAUCUCAGCCGCCUGGCCGUCCUAAGCUACGAACAGGUGGCCCGACUAAACGACGUGAUGGACGAGACGGUCAGCAUCCACGGCCGUGGAAAUUUCCCCACGCUCGAGGUACGCCUCCGCGACCUAGUGGCGAUGGUGCGCGACCGACUGCGAGCUCAGGCCGCCCCCGAAGACGACGACGUCGCAUUCACAACCGAACGAUCUGCGGCACCGUCCCCGGACGCCGACGACACGUGCUUUCAGGUGCGGAGCAUCAGACUGAACGGCGGGGCGGCUUCGCACGUGCUGACCACAGACACCCAGCCAUACAACGACCUGGACCUGAUAUUCAACAUCAGCCUGUCCGGAAACCGAGACUUCGACCGCGUCAAGUCAGCCGUGCUUCGGGCACUUGUUGAUCUGCUGCCGGAAGGUGUCAGCCGCAAGAGAAUGACGCCGUGCAGCAUCAAAGAGGCAUACGUUAGCAAAAUGGUCAAAGUAAACAAGGACGGUGAUCGGUGGUCGCUUAUAUCGUUGGGCACGUUGCCGGGCCAGAGGAACGUCGAGCUCAAGUUCGUCGACCGGAUGAAGAGGCCUUUCGAGUUCAGCGUCGACUCGUUCCAAAUCGUGCUCGACUCGCUGCUCUUGUUUUACGAGUGUUCCAGUGGCGUGCCGAUCAGCGAAAGCUUCUACCCGACCGUGGUCGGUGAGUCCGUGUACGGUGACUUCCGGGAUGCCAUGUACCACCUGGAGAACAAGCUGAUCGUCACCAGGAAUCCGGAGGAGAUCCGGGGAGGUGGGCUGCUCAAAUACUGCAACCUGUUGUUGCGCAACUACGCGCCCGACUACGACGGUGAUGGUACCAAAAAACUGGAGCGGUAUAUGUGCUCCAGGUUUUUCAUCGACUUCUCCGACAUACACCAGCAGCGCGCCAAGCUUGAGAACUAUUUGAAAAAUCAUUUUUGUGCGCCUCAAGAGGAAUACAUGAAACUCCAGUACCUCAACGUGUUGAAACAGGUGGUUGAGGAGAGCACGGUGUGCCUGAUGAUACACGAGAGGCAUCAGACCUUGUCGCUGAUCGCCGAACUAUCGUGGCGACUGAUGGCUGGUCAAGGCAUGUACUACUAUUACCAUCCACAGCCACAGCUGACCAUGUCCAUCGGGCACCAUAGCCAAUUGCCGGCACAACUACAUUGCCCUUCAUAAGUGUGUUUGAAUUUGAUUUUUUUUUAAAUUUUAUUAUUAUUAUUUUAUUAGAAAAAUGAUACGUUUAACAAUUUAACAACAAAAUGUUCAUCAUAUUAUGUUAUUAUAUAUAUACAUGAUCUCUAAAAAAACAAGUCUCUCGCACUCUGCUCCGCCCGUUAGCCCCCCUCUAUAUCUCAACAAUUUUUUAUUUGACAUCCGCGUAACGGCGCCGACCCAGUGAACAAAUUUUCACGUUUGUAUGUUGUCCGUACGACUUAAAACGAUUUAUCUUUAAAUGUCUGUUAAUUUAUUUAAAUUGUUGUUUAAUAUAUUAUGAUAACGCAUUCGUGUUUUACAUACAUUUUCCGUUUAUAAAAUGUAUUAGGCUUUUUAGUCUUUAUGAAGUUGAACAAAAAAAAUUUUUAUACUUACUUUCGUUAUGUACUUAAUUGGCUACAAUUUUUUUUUGCGUUUUGGCAGCCAUCGUUGACUAUUGAAUAUUAUAUAUCAUAUGAAACAUAAAAGGGAAUACAUUCUGCAGUAUACAGAGCGAAACGGUCAACAAAUGAAACACCAAAUUUAUUAUUAUGUUAUUAAUUUUUCUAAUCCAAUCUUUAGUUUAAAAACAAAAUAAUAUUAAUAUAUAUUUGUACAUUUAUCUAUGAUUCGAUAAUACACUAGACGAUUAAUAAUAUUGUAUGCAUUUUAUCGCACACGUCGUAUUAUAAUAGGGUUCAAAUCAAUCCGCAAAUUCCAUCAUAAAUAUAUUUAUAUGCUAAGAAAAAAUGUUUUGGGCCCGAGUAUGAGAGACUUAUUCUUAUUAUUUUCUUUUUAAUAUAUAUAUAUAUAAUAUACACCCAUACAAACACACAAACCACGCGCAUACUCAGUAUAAUUACAAAAAUUUGUUGUUCUACUCGAAAUUAAAAAAAAUAUAUUUUAAUAUUAUAUCACGUGUUCGUGAUGUUUUCUCGACCGGUGAGAUUGUGUGUACUGCGGGGGAAAAAAAACUUAAAAAAAAAAAUAUGUCAACCGGUAAACCGCGCUGAAGUUUUAAAUACAAUCGUAUAGUAAUAUAUCAUUCUUUUAUAAUAUUAUUAAUCGUCUCCCUUACAAAUAUUAUGUGUGAAGUUAAUCUUUUUUUAUUAAUUAAACUCUCCCCCCUCAAAAAAAAAAAAAAUUAAAAUAAAAAAAAAAAAACAAAAAAAAUUUUAAUUUAAUUAAACAUCUUAUUUAUAACAUUGCAUUGUUUGUAAUAAACAUUCCGAUUUUUAAAACGUGUAAAUAAUUAUAAAUAUUAUAAUAUUACGCCGAGAAAAAACAUUUACGAAAAAAAGAUGAACACCGUCGUGACGUUCGCGCGCACCAUCUCUCUACUAUAGUCUGUAAACCACGUGAUAAUUAAAAAAAAAAAACAAAAACCAAACAUCAACAAUUUUUCAUUAAAGGCGCGUACAUUAUUUGGUAAAUACGGAUUAUAAUAUAA